AUGACUAACAGCACUAACAGUGAAUCAAACAAUGCAGACGAAGUUGCACUUAGCCAGAUCAAUGAUCAUAUAAGCCUUAUUUAUGGUGCCAAUAACCUUGUAAACUUCACUUUUGAUGCAGAUCCAGGUGAGGAAAUUGCAGCUGUUAAUCCACUGCUGUCCGAUGAAGAAAUUGUUGGUGCUGUUCAUAAUGAAAGAAUAACUGAUGAUGAUGUUGUUGACAAAGGCAACGAAGAUGCUAACAUGACUGUUUCAUCUGAACCUGUUACACCAGUAUAUAGUACAGCUGUGGGUCGCUCGUUGUCACUUUCGGGCAAUGGUGCGAUUAAUCAUAACAUGGGGAGCCAAGCCUAUUUUCAUGGUGGUACUCAACCAGCCAUUUCUGAACGAUCGCUGGAGCCAUCGCCGCUCCCACCUCCGUCAGUAACUGCAGGUAUGACCGGUGCUGCUGGAGCUGAUGGAUCGGCUGUUGCUACACACAACAACAAGAAUAACCGGCUAUCCAAGCCAGGACAACAACAACAGCAACAGGAGCAAUACGAUCCCAACCGACGCAAUCCCCAUGCCAGCUGGAUGUCUCAAGCAUCCACUAUCGAACCUUUCUGUACAGCAGCUACAUACAAUUACGUUACACAACCCUAUCAACUUCCUGUAGCAACCUCACCAGUCGAACGACCUCCUACUACUAUCAUCCGCGAAUCCACCUAUAACAAUCUCCAUGCACCAAUUUUCCAUUUCAGUGUUCCGCCAGACGACAAUGCUGUCCUAGCUGAUUGGUGCAAGGUUUUAGUGGAGUCGUCGUAG